UAGAAGUAAAACAACACUUUGGCAUAUAAUCUGUACGUUUUGUCGAUAUGGCAGAAGCAGAAGGAGACGUAGCGACGGAGAAUGAGGAACGGGUUACUGACGAAGGUGAAGAAAUCAACGCGGAAGAGAAAGCAGACGAUGGUGCACCAGUGUCAACGAAAAAAGUGAAGGGAAAAAGGAAAGUGAGUGCCAGUUCGAGUCACAAACGUCAAAGGUCAGCUAAUGCAAAAAAAGCCAAAGUUAUAGGUAGUGCGGAAGCAGCAAAUAAAGCUGAAACGAAAACCUCUAGCGGCAGAAAGAAAAAGAAAUCUCCAGUUACUCAUCCAAGAACAUUAGACAUGGCUAUUGAAGCUAUUUCUUCUCUUGACGAGCCUUCGGGAGCGUCAUACCAAGCCAUACGACGCUGGAUUCUGGAUAAUUACCACACUGUUCGCCCAGAUAUGAUCAAGGUGAUGUUGAGGCGCGCUUUUACACAGGGUUUGCAAGAAGGCUAUCUGUGGCGACCGAGGUCUCAGCAGACGACCCAAGUGUUGUCUGGGCGGUAUCAUAUCGCACCUUCUAAAGCAAAAACUAUGCUGGCUAAAUCACCAAGACUCCGAAGUCUACAAGACAAAGCAAACAAAAAAAUUAGUGCAAAGAAAUCAAAAACAAGUUCAAAAAAGAUCAAAAUCAAGAUAGCUCAGGCCACACCCAAGAAGAAACCAAUACCACGUUCUCCAAAAAAACAGCCAAAAAAAUCGCUCGUUCGAAAAAAAACAAAACCCGAAGCUCCUAAGAAAAAAGCUGGUAAAAAUCCUCGGCGCAAUCCAAAAUCUAGAAAGAGGAAAUAAUCGCAUUUCACUGUCAUGAGCGUGUUUUACAGAUAUUAAGAACCAUCGUGAGUAUGAGUAUUGCACUACAUUAAGGAAAUGUAUAAAUUCGUGAAAAAUUGUUUUGUAAUGCAUUGAGUUUAUAGUGAAUCCCUUCUGUAGACCUCUCGUGUAAAGAACUGAUAUUCAUCAAAGUUAAUUUUAUAUUGAAAAUUUGUUCACGUGAAUAUAUAUGUUUUGGUCUGCUUGUUACUAGCUACUUUAGAAAUCGAUUAUUUUGCCUAUUUUCUUUGUAUUCAAUACGCUGGGUGUUAAUCGCUGAGAAUUAUGCAGCUUAAAAAGACUUAAAUUAUCACGGUUUAUGCACGUGGAAGGGAAGUUAGCGCAAGCUCUUUCGUCACAGAAAGAGAGUUCUGUAAUUAGUCUUUAUAUUCAGCCAUUAGCAUUUAUCUUGUUUUAUUUCGUGUAACAUUAUUGUAUUAUAGUGUUUGUAACCCCAAGAAAAGUUAAAAGGGUGGCAUUGAUAUGUAUAUAAGCACGCUAGAAAAUGAAUCCAAGAUUGCUAGAAUAGUUCUCAUGAUAAAUAUAUAUAUAUUCAGCAAAUUAUUUCUUGUAAAUUCGUUUUAGCACUGUUUUUAAUAUUCGUUUAUGGAUGGCUUUGAAAACAUGUGACAUAAAUUAACUUUUAUCUUUGCUGAUUUUAUCCCUAAUUAUACAUUUCACUGAAAGGGUUGAUCAAAAUCUCCUUGUAAUGAAGUUGUAUAUAUAGUAUGUGUGGAUUGAUGGAGCUUUUGUGUAGAUAAAGCUGGAAAAAUAAAACAAUUUUAACUAAUG